AUGUCGCAGCACUACCCCAUGCCUUAUGCUCGUCAGACACGAAAUCCAUUCCGAUUUGGGGCGGCGAAUUCCCGUUUGAAUGUGGCUCGCUUUUUGGCUCAUUCGAGGAUAUUCAGCAGGGAACAAAUUCCAUCCUUUCACCCGAUGACAAUAAUGCCACCUUGUCUUCAAAUGAUUAUGAAUGGGAGUCUAGAGUACUACACAAACGACGGCGCGGAUGGGACUCAUACCUGCAUAAAGAUUAAGCAGAAUGGACUGACACUCGGAAGGACCUCAGUGAAGCCCUCAUCUUCCCAGCAGUCUCGGUUACAUUUGAAACAACGGUCCCUGUCAGCACUGAAUUUGACGGACAUCAGCUCUUUCAAGCAUGGGCCGCUCAAUGCCGGCGUGCAGAUAUUCGAGGCUCGUUACUUAGGUCUCCUCAACCUCAAUGUUGUUUCACGUCCCUCCAAUGUGUACGCGCGGCGAUGGACUCCUCUGCAGCACCAACCGAGCGAGGUAGCGGUGAUCACCAACCCUCUGACCAAAGCCACCGAGAUCGUUUCACCUCGACUUCCCUGGCCACCUCACUUCUUGCGUGGCGCCUCAGCACUUCAGUUUAACCCCGUUACCGGCCCCCAAGUGGCGUUAUUCGACUCCGCCGUUCUUCACCUUAACAUUCUCAGCGCCUGCGGCCUUCAGUCCAUCCCGCUGUCCAAGUUCCUCAAUAGGUUUCGGACCAAUGAGGCAGACGUCGACUCUGUGCAUCGAGGCGUAAUGGUGGCAAAAUAUAUUUCAUAUUCCCAAGCAGCGAUUAAACAAGCUCAGGCACUUUCUACUCAAGUACAGUUACAAUUUGGCAAGGAUAAAUACGCUACCGGGAUUAGGAAGUCCACCUACGAUCCUGUGUGGAAUCAGACCUUCACCUUCCAUCUCACGCGUUCAUCCAAUACUCUGAUUGAGAUUCAGUUAACGAGCAUAGCGAAUCCCAACAUUAGUGGGCCGGCUUCUGGAAUUGAGAAGAUUGGCGAAGCACUGAUCGACAUUUCCCGACUUCCGAUGGACUUCACGCAGCGAAUCGAGAUCGAGCUGAACGGUUACCGCCCCAAACCCCGUCUCCUCCUUCUGGCUACCCUGACGGGGUUGGCCAAAGAUGAUCCACCCUACUUACUUUAUCCCAUGCCUUCCAUCAUUGUUACAUCAUCGUUCGACUCUUAUGGGCAUCCGAGUGAUGCAGAGUCCGCCACUGGUAGUGUUCAAUCCAUCCGAAGCAAUAUGUCACGGAGAAAUGUUAAUUCCUGCUCCGACUCCGUCGGUCCAGAGGCUGGCGACUUGUUUUUAUCUCCUCAGGCAUCAAAGGAAAACUCUUCUCUUGACGAAACAGAUGCUCAGAUUGCCGAGCACUAUAGUUGGAGCAUGGCACUGAAAAAUCGCUUUGAUGUUGGCUUCCUUCGAGUUAAUGUUAUUGCGGCUAGUGGCCUGGCGGCUAAAGAGAUGAACGGGAAAUGCGACCCCUACUGUCUGUUGGAACUAAUUAACAUGCAUGUACAAACACACACGGUUAAAAAAACACUCAAUCCCGUAUGGAAAAAAAUCUUUGUUUUUCCUGUCACAGAUAUUCACUCCGUACUGUACAUUACGGUCAAGGAUGAUGAAAAAUCGAAACCCGAAUUUCUGGGUCGGGUGGCUAUCCCUCUCAUGAAGAUCUUUAACAUAACCUAUUUGCAGGUUAGAAACCACGAAAGAUCCUGGUAUGCUCUGAAAAAUGCCGACCUUACUGAGCGAUUGCGAGGAUCUAUUUUACUGGAAUUCUUCUUCGUUUACAACCAUUUUAAAGCCGCGUGGCGGACGUUGAACCCAACUGAAGCCUGGCUCAAUCAUCCAGUUAGGUCGCGAAAGUAUAAAGCCAUACAAGAUAACGUCAUGCGUUUAAAAACCAUCUUUAAACCUAUGGCAAUGAUAUCACAAAUGGUUGAUGACAUCUGUUCAUGGGAGAAUCCGUGGCACACACUUACCGCCUUGGUUGUCUACAAUGCGGUUGUGUGGAACUUUCAGCCCUACAUGGUCCCGCUAGGUAUAAUAGUGGGCAUUCUGGCCAGCCGUAAGACCUCCAAAAAUCCUCAUCUUCCGGAUAUCCUGAGUUCUGCGAGGGCCGCCGCAGGAGUAGGGGCCAGCGCUCUGGGACCGGUGGUGAAUCACGAGAAGUAUCUUGGGGUCCAAAGCUCACAACACAAUGAAGAUGGUUCAGUGGUCGCUUCUCCAAAGUCUUCCUUUGAAUAUGACAGCGACGUUUUAAUCAACAAUGCGUUACUUUGUUCUCUCAAACAGGAGACUCUGGUGGAAGAUAAGCAACAAGAAAUCGAAAAGUUUGGCUUGGAAAAGUAUCGUCACAAGACUGACUGUGGUCUGCGCCUAGAUUCACAUCGACACCAAGACUCUCAGCAAAUGUUCACUUAG